CUGUCGCUGCACUGAUCCGGUGUUGGUGGUAGCUGUGCCGAUGUUGCAAACGGGCUUGGGCCUGUCUAUGGCUAUGUGACUGGCUUUCGACCGAUGAAGGCUGUUGGGACCGAUGGGCGUACGUCCGCGGAGAGAGUCAGUCCAUCGGACAGAGUGAGUCGGGGCAUUAUCCGCCUGGUGCGUGAGAACAAUGGAAUGGUAGAGAGAGAUCGUAUGACAUGACUAGGCAGAGGUAUUGGCGGCAAUGGCGGAGGGGAUCAUCAAUCGAUCGAUCCGUUUCUUGAAGGAUUGCUUGCAUUUGUACUUGGGGCUUCAGGUACUAAGAGGAGGGGCGUGCCGUGUUUUUGAUGGUGUUUCUUCGCAUUGAGUCCCUCGCGUUCGGUUCUUUGGAUUUCUUUCUAUUCUCUCUGUCCCACUCUCCAGUUAGCGAGAACUGGCUCAUUGGACAAGGACAAAAGAGAGGCGGGCAACGAGGGCAUCAAGAGGGGUUCGCUCGUCGGGAUGUUUGGCCAGGAGGCAUGACGGAUCCAUUCGGGGUUUUGAUAGUAGCUGAGAUUUGAUCGUAGGGUAGUGAUAGGGAAUGAAUAGCAAGAAGAGGAGGAGGAGGACGGGCUUACAAGCGAUGGCCAUUUAGGAAGCGCACUCACACUCGCAUGCCAAUAUCCGCAUCUGUCCCCCUUCCAUCUCUCUUUCUUUAUCUUCAAAUCUCUCUAUACCCUCGCGUCAGAGCACACGAUUUGAUCUUUCUUGUCAUUCUUUGCAAAAAUUUGUUGAAGUGCUCCUUGUGAGGCGGAAAUCUCAAUCUCAAUAUCUCUCUUUUCCUUUCUUUCUCUCUGUCUCUCAUAGUGUCUAUGUCUAUCGAUCGAUCGGCCAUGUGAGGAUGAGAUUUGGUGAUUGGUCGUGGAUUGGAGGAGGAAGAGAAGUGUUGUUGCGACUCUGUGGCGGCCAACUUCUGGGAGCAAAACUGAAAUAUUCGGCGUGGUGUGAACCACAAUUGAGAGCAGGGCGCUGCGGUCGCGGAAGAAAUCCACGUGGAUUCCACGAAAUCUUUGUGGAUUUCUUCUUCUUAUCUUGGUGCUGAUUGGGGUUCUAGGGUGGAGGAGAAUUGUGGAAAUAGAAUGAGGGAGGAUGGGAUACUCAAGAUUGUGAGGAUAGUGGUCUGUGCGUGGAAAUCAACCGAGGAACGGCGCGGUUUAGGCUAGAGAGGACGAAGGGCUGCUCCAGAACCAGUUGAGCGGGGAGAAGCACACUCGGAUGCAGGGAUAAUUAACAAAAAGCACACUCAUGGCUCCUAAUGCAGCAGACGACAUAUCUCAAAAGGUCCUGAGACCUUUUCUCUUCCUCUUCAGCCGUCCUUCAGGCCUCUCGUUCCACGGCUCAAGAGCUGCCAAGAACGUGGAAAGAAUCGCUCCAUGCUUCAAGCUUCUUCUUGAUAGUAUCAGCUCUAUUGAUCUUGAAGUAACUACUGCUCAUUGGUCAUUGGUUCUUUAGAGUAGCAAUCCAGAUGGGUUUAUCAAGCUCACAAGAUCCUAAAACUCUGCAGUGUAGUUUUGGCGAACAACGGCUCUGCAUGGAAUAGUAUAGAAGGAGCAAGGACAAUCUUGCCAAGUUUGGCCAUACAUGCUAUGGUCGCAAUGAGGGAUGCAAGCAUGUGGAAGAGUUCGUCUUUGCAAGAAAGCCGAGACAAGGCCAACUUAGCUGUACUGGGUCUCCUUAAGUGGUUGGUAAAGGGGAACUCUGGGCUUUUUUGGCCGUUCGUUCUUAUGUGUCGACUAAUUUCCCCAUCCCAAAGACUGGUAAGGAUAACGAUCAUCCUCUCGAACGGAACAAGUUCAUUGUUACAGCAAGUGCUGUAACCAUGGCUUUAAGGCCCUUAACAGUCUUGUCGGCAGCGUAUCUAGCUCAUCUUGAAGUAAAUGACGGCAACCAAACUUCAGAAGCCUCAUGCGUUUGCGCAGCUGAAAGUUUUGUUGCCCACAUACUUACAAUACCUUUCCUUGUUCAACACAUUUCUCCUUCACUUGUCCCUGCCCUUCAGCACCCUUCUGCGUUGGCACCUUGUCUUUGGUCAUUUGGGGUUUCUAUGAGCGGACCGAUGAAGGCUGCAACUUCGUCUCAUACGCAGAUGAGUGAAGUAAAGCAGGAACUUGAAAUAUUCCCCCCUUCACUAUGGGCUUUGGCUAACAUGGUCAGUUUGGCUUCUGGAUCAAGCCCAGCAAAUCUUGAAGGCAAAGAAAUUGUGGGACCGUUUGGUAAAGGAUUGGAUUUUGAGGAUUAUGUACAUGCCCUUUGUUGUUUACUGAGUGAUUUGAGACCCUAGAUCGACAACAAACAACAGCAGUAGCGGUUUAGAUCAAGGUAUACUUCUGAAGAUUGUGAUAAAGGUGACAUAAAUCACUUUGGAAUAUUUAUGGACAGUGCUAGUAGUUCCAUAGAUCACAGUAGCAAUGAUAGUUUCACGGUUGUGCAUCAACUUCUCUAGGAGAAUUUGGAACUUGUGCAUCAGACCUGGCAUCUCCAGCAACUACUCAAAGUUUGUAAGAACUCCACCUCUGCAAAAGAGUAUCCUGCUGGAAUACAGGCCUUGCAGGGAGGAUCAGCUAAGGAGAAGAAGCCUCUUGGAUCACCAGAAGUUGCAAGGCUCUAUUCUAGCUUGCUAGCUGCUUUUACUGCUUUUAAUCUAAGUGGUGGAUAUCUAGUCUUGAAUGGCUUAGCCUUAUCCCCGUCACUCUCCCCGCUUCUAUGGGACUGGGUGAGGUCUUCCUUUAAGCUUCAACUUCUAUAGGGUAUUUGUCAAAGUCAACCAUUCCAUCCAGCAGAAGCUCAUUUGCCCCAAAGACGGGAAUCAAUCUAAGAAUGCUGGUGGAAAGUGGGCAGCUGCACUUGUUUUGAGAAUGAGAACGAGAUGUUAUGGUGCUGACGGAAGAACCAUAGCGGAUAAAGCGGGAAGCUCAAAUUUGGAAAAGCUGGAUUCUUUGAGAAAGUCUGAACCUGAUUUGGGUGCUUCCCAAUUGUGGGCUUUAGAGGCAAUGAGAAAGGGGCCUGUUGGAGUUCCAUCAGAUGCUGUGCCAGUGGAUUCAAAAAAAAACUCCAUAUCUAGCUGCGUCUGCCACCAAUGCACCUCCAACUGGCUCUAUGCGCUGUAUGCGAAUGCCACCGUCGCCGAUCAUGUCUUGGGCAGCGAGCUAUUGUCCUUAUCUGCAGCCAAAGCGCAAGCGGAUGGAUCCCUGUAGUUGGAUCAUCUGAUGCAGUCAAGUUCAAGCAACGAAUGAUGAUGAUGGCGAGAGGUAGGAUUCAAGUUUUUGUUGUGUGAGUCAGCUCUGGCGCUGAAAUGGAUAAACUGCCCACAGUGUCGACGUUGAUGUGGAAUUGGAUCUGAGCGCCUCAUCGAUCAACGACCUGGAAGGUGAAGUUAGUCGUCAUGCUCAUUGUUCCGAUUUUGUUUGUUUGGAGUAGACUAUUGACAGAGGAGCAUAGCAGAUGCAGAGGCGCAACCGAGCAGAGAUGUGAUGGGGGAGCUCUGCUCAGGGUUAAGUCACGACAAUAUCUUGUUGUGGACUGAAGAUUCAUCUCUUGUGGGGAAAUUGUUUAGACAGCAGUUGUGCAUGAGAUUGCGCAGUCUUUGUUCUUCCAGUAGUUAGUGGGAAGUUAGUGAGUCAGCGAACUCGGUUGUUAUUGUACUUAAUAUGCUAAUGUAGUAUGCCGAUGGGGUGGAGGGUAGACAGAGAAACAGGAAGGGAGGCAGACAGGGAGAAAGAUAAGUAGAUGCUUGCUAGUUGGAGGUGUAGCAGUUGUAUGUUUGAUGCCAGCCAGGUAGUCACCUUUCUUCUAGUUGAGUCCCCGUGCUUGAAUUAGUGGGGAAGCGCCGAGCCUUCAUGCCGUCUGCUUGCUCACCGCGCGAGCAGUUCGGGCAGAUCACCAAGAACCCGCCGAGGUUUAGAAGCAAAUCCCCAAACCUAACCCGCACAGCCAAUACUUUUUCCUAAGUUGGAUCUGUUUUGCCUACUUACUUUACCUACAUUAUCGAUUAGAGGCAGUUCACCUUGGAGACCUGACGUGGUUAUGAGUACCGACCGGACAAGGAGGAGCAUCUUAGGUUCACAAGGGACCAGAUGAGCAGGCUCAUACAGGGUUCCCAUGAUGUCCAGCAGAGCCCACGGUUUGAGUAAUUCUAGGAGUAGGUUAGGUCCCAGAUAGAAUGGCAGCGAUUAACGAUGGGGCUUAUUGGCACCCGGCUGCUAAUCCGGAAAGCUAGCGGCGACCACUAGAAAUAUGUGGUGGCCACCAGUCUGGAAUUGACGGAUACUAGUUGGUCACUUGUGACCAACUAGUAUCCAACUAGUAUCCGUCAAUGAGUUUAAGAUAAGAACAAUGUGAUAAGAACAAGCACUGUUUAGAAUCCAUAUAUCAUCAACAACUUGCGGUGAAUUGUAGAGGGCAUACCUCUGGCAUCAUAGACUAUCCGUGUACAAGUUGUUCGCCUCAGUAUCAAAAUGUUCAGCAACGUUCGCCACUUAAGGGGAGUUUGUACUUGUCAUCCGGCAAAACUUCAUGAUGUGCCUUUCUUAUCACAACUCCAACAAACAACAUUCUUCUUGUCAAAUGGUU